CUGUGAAUUUGUCGAAUGGAAGCCAUAAAAUCACGAAAUUUUAAUAACUCGUAUUAUUCCAUUAUUCAUAUUUCAAGAGUAGUUUAUUGGGCCCGUAAAUGCUUUUAUAAAUUGACGAAACAUAUCACAUGGGUCAAGGGCAACAGAGGGAAAGAAAAACCUUCUCUUACUUAAAAGAGUGGGAGCAAACCGUGGAUUGGGGAAGGCUACACAGUUUUGCCGAAGAUGCAUUCAUUAAUUUCAUUUACAGCACUAGUAUUGUGCGUUUUAAGAACAGUGCCGAUGGGCUGUUUGCAAACUGCUUUUAUCGGCGAUUUUGGCCCUUCCGUGGGCGACAAUGUGCAAUCACAAUCAAGCGGAAGCGAUGGAAUUUUCAACAUACCGCUGUCCAGGCGAAUUGCCAUUGGAGGAAGCCAGAUUAACGCCCUGACAGUAGGUGCACGGGGAAUGUUCCGAAAAAAGUUGUUGUUUUGCAUUUACUUUAAAGCACUGCAAGCGUUCAUUCAGCUUUGGUAUACCGCGUUCCCUGAGUCGGGAAAAAUACUGCUUUCCGGUGCCCUUUGGUACAAUCCGAUCACGGGGUCGAUGGAUCUGCCUAAUCAACUGCAGCUGGUUUGGGCCAAUUUUCAAUGGUGCGAUCCUGCUAAUGACAGUACAGAGGAGCAAGACUAUCGUCCAGCGCAUGCCACUGUGAAUUACCGUGAAAUUGGUCCUGUCGUGCAAAAUUCAACAAUCUACCAACGCAUCAAAGCCGCACUGAGGGUUAACCAUAAUGCGUCCGAACUGUUCGAGCCGGAAUGGGCCUUCAUUUUGACUUAUUCUGGAUACAGAAGACGGCGCGGCAGUUCCACGCCUGAAGUAUUUAAUCUGUCUAGGUGAUGGUAGAUUAAUUUUACUACAGAUACAUAAUUACGCUACAGCAUCUGCCAGUGCUGCCAUGCGAUUUUUACAGCAUGUAGUGAAUCCAGUACCCCAAGUUAACUUUAGCUAGAAAACCCUUACUAUGAAUUUGUCCUUCGCUGAAAAAAUAACAGUGCGACCUGUUUUAAUCAAAGACAGAUGGCGUUAAGUCCGGGGAGCAUUUUGCAAUGCAAAUUGUAUUCACGGUUCAAGGACAUCGGUCAUUUAUCAUUGGUGGCACCGACAGCGAGGUGCCUAUAAUAUGGGAGGCUGCGGUACUUGACCACAGACUGGAUUCUGCUUCGAACAACGAACCAAACCAUCCCCUACCAGUGAAUGAAAGCACCCCAGCGGACUGCGUGCGCAAAGAGCUGAAUAUUUUCUACGAAUUAUCCUCCGGACUAGACAAGCGUUUAUAUUCCCUAGGUUUAGAACCAUUCUAUUUGGGCGGCUCGAAGUUCAAAAUUUACGGAAUCGAUUUCGACGCAAUCAACAACCCUAGCGAGUCGAUACGUUGUAGAGUUGCCGAUAGAGUGGUACAAGGAAUACGCCGAGAACGGGGAGCUGUUCAGUGUAUCAUACCUCCUUUGAUCUAUACCAUUAACUUUUCCUUCCAACUGGAAAUAUCGCUCAACAACGGUCUAACGUUCCCCUACAAAAUUUGGCUGUCUACUGCAACUGGAGAUUUUUAUUCUGGUCCUCCGAUGAUCUACAACAGUCACCUCUCAGCAUCGCAUUCUAGCAAUGUGGCUGAACAACUAUGGUGGUAUCCCAACGGUCUAGAUCUUUUCAAUGAGGAAACCGUUGCAGCGCUUACUAUUGCAGUCGAUUUCGUUGGAUGGUACAUGAGUGACAACAAACUUCGUGUAAUGGUCCUACCAUUAACUCCAUCUGCACCGAAUUCUGGCAACAUUCAAUUCAACCUGACUGAAAUAAACUUCGGCACAAUGGACGAUUCGGCUAUACUUUUAAAGGGAUGUUUCCGCGUGAUAAGAGCUUCCGAAAGAGACCUGCUGGUUACGAGCAAUGAUAGUCUCAGCUUCCAAACCAUUUGGUCAGCGUUUGUGGAUGCCAGCAUUUUUGAGAGACUGCGACGAUCGCAUCCUGACGCACCGGAUGUGGUAUCCACCUUAUACAAAGAAAAUGCCGAAAAGGUGCUGGGAAUGCCUGUCGGCUCGUCAACGCUCUCCUUAUCUCACAUUAGCCCCAAGGAUAUUGCGAACAAUUGCAGUUUCAACGUACAUUGCAGUAAUCGACUAUCCAUGAUCAAAGAGACAGGCGAAUGUUCUCUGGCCGCUGACUUUUGUGCAUGUUGGUUGCAGAUGGAACGGAAGUUGGCAAGGCCCGGCUCAGAUGUGUGCAGCGCGGCUCCAUGUUGCCCGCCCAACGAUAUGCAUGCCUGGCUCAAUCGUCGGCGAUUUACAGUAUUUCGGCCGGAUUCCUCAGUCGUCUGUCACAACCAAUCGGACACCCAUAACAUCUUUUGGCCCGCUGGUGACUGCUUGCAGAAUAUAGGAGCGUCGUUAUGUGUGCUGGAUUCGGGGCCAUUCCAGGAUUACCGGCAGGAGUGCUGCUAUGGGAGAAAUGGGAAGUUGUUAUCAGCUGACAGUCCGGGCGCUUGGUGGGCCAAACUCAACGGAUUACUAAAGGAUAUUGCCACGUGGCCAUACAGAAAAACGCUAUACUACAAGAUCUUAUUUGAAAUGGAGCAGAGUAUCCUGAACACAUUUCCCCUUCGUAAGUGCCGCGCUACGGAGAAAGGAGACCGUUUGAGUAACAGCAACUCUGGCAGAUUUAUCCAACAACGAGGGAUUCGGGAUUUCUGUUGCGUUGUCAGGCCAGAUUCCCACUGGACUCCCAAAUCAGAUUAAAUUUCUAUAGAAGACUGCGCCGAUGAUCCGCAAAACAUUUUUUGCUUGCAGCGGACAGAAUGCACCUGUCCCCAGUUUUAGAAAACUGUUUUAAAUUAUCAUUGAUUAUUAUUGGUGGUUGUUCCCUCCUGUCAUUGCUUGAUUACGUUCUUUUUUGCAAAACAGCUCCUUUA